UUCCCCCUUUAUUUUUACUUUUAAUUCACCCUUCAAUUUCCCCUUUAAUUCCCCUUGGAGCAGGCUUCAGGGCCGCAAGAGAACUUCUCCCUCCCGGCCCUGAAGCUUCCAGAAUGAAGUUUUUUAAUUUCAUCAAGAAAGAGCAGUUUCCACCUGGCCCCUCCAUCAAGGUGCCGAAUUUCUUUGGGUUCCAAAGAUGCCUCUACAUCCCAGGAUACAUGAUCCGGUACAGGGACCUCCGGAAGAUCCACAGAGCUGCUUUGUCAGGCAAAGUGGCAAAAGUGCAGCACCUGCUACUGUUAGGAAAAAACAGGGUUAACGACCUGGAUAAAAAGAAGCGAACAUGUCUUCAUCUGGCCUGUGUUACUGGACAUUCAGAACUUGUGACUCUAUUAGUAGAAAGAAAAUGUGAACUGGAUUUGUUGGAUAAAGAUAGUCGAACACCUUUAAUGAAGGCAGUCCAAUGUCAGCAGGAGGAGUGUGCAACUAUCUUGCUUGAACAUGGUGCAGACCCUAAUAUUGGAGACAGCAACAACAGUGCUCUUCACUAUGUUGCAUAUUUUGAUAACAUAGACAUAGCAGCAAAACUCCUUCACUAUAAAGCUGAUAUUGAAGCAAAAAACAAGGAAGGCCUUACACCACUUUUUUUUGCAGUUAGAGCAAAUAACUGUGAUAUGGUAGAUUUUCUUUUAAAGAAUGGAGCAAAUGUGAAUGCCUUGGAUGUCCUUGAGAGAACAACCCUUAUGUUUGCUGUCAGUUUGAAACUCACACAAAUGGUCAAUAUUCUUCUUCAACAUAAUGUUGAUCACACUAUCAAAGACAAAAUGGGAAGGACAGGAUUUAUUUAUCUCAAACAAAUUGAACAAUAUACACACUUUCAACUCCAAGUCAGCAAUUUUGAGAAGGCUUCGGAUACCAGAUUUGUUUUGGGUACAUCUUCCAUGGAUAAAAAAGGUAGAAUUGAUUGA